AUGGACGUUGUAUUGCGCAUCAUACCUGAAUUACUCAUUAACGUAGGCUUCAAGUCGGAUGAUGACACGGAGAAGGGCUUCUUCGUGUUUUGCCGUAACUCCCAGCGCAUAAAUCACGACUCUACGGUGCCAGCGGGCCGUCGUCGAGGCGCGGUAUCGGCUUCUGUCGUCGGGGGUUUUCGACGGAGGCGUCAUCUGGGGACGAUUUGGCCAAAACGAAGCGAGAGAUGACUCUGUGGAGAAUUAUUGCGUGAACCCGACUCACUGAUUGAACUCGCCAACGCAGGCGACGGCCUCUGCAAGUCCCUCUUCGGCUUCAAGGACCCGUUCUCGCUCGCCACGCUCUUCGCUUUGCUACCCGAUUCGGCGCACAAAAGCGCGCGGGACGGCCAGACGAUCCCCGAGAAGCUCAAGGCCGACGUCUUCGACCGCAUGGGCCUCGACGCCGUCGUCACGAUCCUCGUCACGUUCGUCAAGAGCCUGCGCGCCGAGUUCGAGGACUACUACUCGGCGCCGCGCUACGACACGUCGAACGAGGACGGCGCGCCCGGCUACCUCGCCGGCUUCCUCAAGAAGGCCAUGGAGGGGCGCCUCCAAAAGCCGUUGGAGUUCGGCCGGAACGACAAGAAGGUCUUCGAGUUUUUGCAGGGCCUGCCCGCCUCGUUCAAGACUAUCCUCUGGCGCCGUGCCGUCUGGUACAACUAG